AUACUUCAGGAAGAGAUUCAGAGAGAAGAGCAGGCCAGCAGAAUCAUCUCCCACAUCAAGACGUCACGAAGCCUCCACAUCAUGUGCCACAUCCCAGUCUUCUGCUGGAUCACUGCUACAGUUCUGGAAGACGUGUUGAAGACCAGUGAGGGAGGGGACCUGCCCAAGACCCUGACUGAGAUGUACAUCCACUUCCUGCUGGUUCAGUCCAAAGUGCAGAACAUCAAGUUUCAUGGGAGAGCUGAGACAGAUCCAGUCUGGACUCCAGAGACCAGGGAGAUGAUCCUGUCUCUGGGAAAACUGGCUUUUGAGGAGCUGGAGAAAGGCAACCUGAUCUUCUAUGAAGCAGACCUGGCAGAGUGUGGCAUUGAUAUCAGAGCAGCCUCAGUGUACUCAGGAGUGUUCACACAGAUCUUUAAAGAGGAGCGUGGGCUGUACCAGGACAAGGUUUUCUGCUUCAUCCAUCUGAGCCUUCAGGAGUUUCUGGCUGCUCUUUAUGUCUUUCUGACAUUCAACAACUCUGGAGUCAAUCUGCUGUUCCAACAAUCCGCCUCCAUGUGGUCUGCACGGUUCAACAAGAAACCUGAACUGAAACUCCUCCUCCAGAGUGCUGUGGACAAGGCCUUACAGAGUCCAAAUGGACACCUGGACUUGUUUCUGCGCUUCCUCCUGGGUCUUUCGCUGCCGACCAAUCAGACUCUCCUACAAGGCCUGAUGACACAGACAGGAAGUGGCUCACAGACCAAUCAGGAAACAGUUGAGUUCAUCAAGGAGAAGAUCAGGGACAGUCCCUCUCCAGAGAGAAGCAUCAACCUGUUCCACUGUCUGAAUGAGCUGAAUGACCAUUCUCUAGUGGAGGAGAUCCAACAGUACCUGAGUUCAGGACGUCUCUCCACAGAGGAACUGUCCCCUGCUCAGUGGUCAGCUCUGGUCUUCAUCUUACUGUCAUCAGAAGAAGAUCUGGAGGUGUUUGACCUGAAGAAAUACUUUGCUUCAGAGGAGGCUCUUCUGAGGCUGCUGCCCGUGGUCAAAGCCUCCAGGAAAUCUGUGCUGAGUGGCUGUAAUCUGUCAGAGAGAAGCUGUGCAGCUCUGGCCUCAGCUCUCAGCUCCCAGUCCUCUAGUCUGAGAGAGCUGGACCUGAGUCACAACGAUCUGCAGGAUUCAGGAGUGAAGUGUCUCUCUGCUGGACUGGAGAGUCCACACUGCAGACUGGAGGCUCUCAGGCUGAGUGGCUGUAAUCUGGCAGAGAGAAGCUGUGCAGCUCUGGCCUCAGUUCUCAGCUCCCAGUCCUCUAGUCUGAGAGAGCUGGACCUGAGUCACAACGAUCUGCAGGAUUCAGGAGUCUGCGAAACUAGAGCCCUGACUGUCAGGCUCAGUGGCUGUAAUCUGUCAGAGAGAAGCUGUGCAGCUCUGGCCUCAGUUCUCAGCUCCCAGUCCUCUAGUCUGAGAGAGCUGGACCUGAGUAACAACGAUCUGCAGGAUUCAGGAGUGAAGCAUCUCUCUGCUGGACUGGAGAGUCCACACUGCAGACUGGAGGCUCUCAGGCUGAGUGUGUGUAAUCUGUCAGAGAGAAGCUGUGCAGCUCUGGUCUCAGUUCUCAGCUCCCAGUCCUCUAGUCUGAGAGAGCUGGACCUGAGUCACAACGAUCUGCAGGAUUCAGGAGUGAAGCGUCUCUCUGCUGGACUGGAGAGUCCACACUGCAGACUGGAGACUCUCAGGCUGUCAGCCUGUCUGCUCACACAGGAAGGCUGUGCUUCUCUGGCCUCCGCUCUGAGCUCCAACCCCUCCCAUCUGAGAGAGCUGGACCUGAGCUACAAUCAUCCAGGAGACUCAGGAGUGAAGCUGCUCUCUGCUGGACUGGAGGAUCCAACCUGGAGACUUGAGGCUCUCAGGGUGGACCAUGGUGGAGAGCAGAGGUUGAAACCAGGUGUGAGGAAGUAUUCCUGUGAACUCAAACUGGACAAAAACACAGCAAACAGACACCUCGUCCUGUCUGAGGACAACAGGAAGGUGACAAGAGUGAGACAGGAGCAGCCAUAUCCUGAUCACCCAGAGAGGUUUGACAACUGGGAACAGAUCCUGUGUAGUGAUGGUCUGACUGGUCGCUGCUACUGGGAGGUCGAGAGGGAAGGAUGGGUUGAUAUAGCACUGACUUACAGAGGAAUCAGCAGGAGAGGAGACAGUGAUGCCUGUGGUCUUGGAUGUAAUAAAAACUCCUGGAGUCUUUUCUGCUCUGAUGGUGGUUUCUCUGCCUGCCACAAUGACAGAACAACAUCCAUCCCUGCCCCCUCCUCCUCCUCUAACAGAGUGGCAGUGUAUCUGGACUGGCCUGCUGGCUCUCUGUCCUUCUACAGCGUCUCCUCUGACACACUGAUCCACCUCCACACCUUCAGCAGCACCUUCACUGAGCCUCUGUACCUGGGGUUUAGGGUUUGGUCUGCUUCCUCGGUGUCUCUGUGUCAGAUCUGAGGAGUGAGAGUCACGUCUUCACACUGCUGAUCAGAGACAGCUGCUGACAUGACAGAUCACUGCAAAGGAUUUUCAUAAACCUAUUGACUAUUUACAAGCAGAAAAAACUCAGGAACAUUAUAAUCAAAAUCAGAAAUACUUUAUUGAUCCCCAAGGGGAAACUGGGUCAGCUGCAGUUGCUCAACUUCUUAAGAGAAGAAUUCAAUUAUAAGAAAUAGGAAAAUAUGUGCCUUAAAAUUUGUAAACAAAACUAUGUCCAUUAUGUCAGAAUAUGUACAUUAAUCCUACAACAUAUUGUUAUCUCACAGUUCUCUAAUUUAUCAAGGUUGAUCAAGGUUAAAUCUUUUCUUUUGACACAUGACCUGAUGUCAAAUGAAUCCUCUGAGCAGUUAUUUUGGAUGUCUUGUGAUUAAUGUGUAGGAAACGUGUGGAGAACGGGACGUCGGCGCCGUCUUUGACCUCAUGUUAGACUUGGAAAUGUUUUGUUCAUUUUGUUUAAAGUGAGAAUAAAUCAGCCAAGUGAAGGCUGCAGUGGUUUGUGAUUUGGAUGUUUAACGUGGGAGUCCAGAGGAGCAGCCCUGUUAAGGAGGCACUGAACCAAACUGGUGAGGCCUGGAGCCGAGGGACAGCAGAGAGUGGACCUGAGGACCCACAUUAGGGCCAGUGAGGCGGCAGCUUCCACAAUAAAAGCUCUUUCGAACUUCUCCUCUAAUAACAUCAAAUAGGUCUGGAUUAAUUACACACACAGAGAAAUGUACGACAAAGAAAGUAGUUCCAUGUAUUUCCACGUUUAAUUCUUCUGGAUUAUUUUCAUUUGUCUCUUCAUGUUGUUCAUUCAUUUGUAUAGCUCAGGGUUUGGAUAUGGCACUGUGAAGGGCACCUGCAAUUUCACUGUAUUACACAAUGACAAUAAAGGCUUCUGUUCUAACAGGUUUGGUUCCAUAUAGGGCUGAACGAUUAAUCAUU